AUGCAGUUGACCUACGAGAUCCUGAGUCAUCGAAAUGAUUUUUUACACCCACACUUGAACAUCGAAGAUCUCACUAAGGUGAAGGCAGCAGAACUGGGUGUUGUCGGUGGUUUUUUGUCCUUACAGAUUUUGAAGGAUCAUACUUUACUGCUCGAAAGAGAGUCGGCGGAGACUUAUGGACGGCUAGUUAGGUGGACAGACAAAAAGAUGAAGGAAAGGAUCCUGGCAGGGUUUCAGCAUUUGCCACACGAGGGUUUACUGAUUCUUGAAAUCCAAGAUAAUCUUUAUUCGUUCCUUGUGAAUUGGUGUCAGGCGCUUCUUCAGGACAUUGAAAUUGCUACAAUAUGGAGGCUUUCUAUUGAACCAGAGCCACCGCUACUUGUAAAGACUUCCGACAAUACAACGAUAGCUUCAAUAGCCAUGGAGACGCCAUAUCGAUUGACCUCCAAGCUGGAUUUCAAUCGCUUGCGAGCUGUAGUCACUGCCAAGCGACUUAGCGCAGAAGAUUAUAUCCACGAUUUGAGGGAGGACCCCGGUAUUUUCGCUGAUGCUAUGAUGGAAGCAAGUGACCAUAGAAUAGACAGAGUACUGGAUGAUGAGGGUAAAGCUAGUUCAUCUAUAGGCACGCCAGCAUUCUGGGAAGAUGUAACUCGGCAUGUGGUGGCGGAUGCAUAUUCUGACAUAAUUAGCUGGGAUAUCAUAAGCAAACAACUCGAGCGGAAAUAUGCCGCUCUUAUUCAUCCGCAAAAUGGUCUACCAGAGGAGUUUCUAAGGGAGUUGUUGAGCUUCCAAAAAGUGCUCGAAUUCAUACAAACGGGACCUAGGAAUAACUUGACUCAGGUACUUCCAGCUUCCUUGCCUUUUCGCCACAAGUUUCAUCGACUAUCGGAAAUUUCUGUUUGCGGAGAAGCUACUCAACGAGUUGGCAAAGGGGUUUCUAAGAGUGAAGAUCUUAUGAUUCAGCUUUUCGAGAUAAUAUUUACUCCAGAAAAGCUGGCGACCAUAAGUUCACCUGCAAUCAUGGACGAGAUCAAGCACAUGAUUGAACAUGACCUCGAAUUAAAGGCAAAAAUCACACCGUUGGUAUCCCGAGUACUUUCUGAUCUGGGACUAAUUCUUCGACUUGGACAUGAGCUAGAUCUUUAUCUACCAUGGGCAACAGGUUUUCCAGUGGACAUGGAAACACACAAGGACUGGCUCAAAAAUGAUUUACGAGACCGGUGUUCAGUGUUAUAUAGAACAGAACAAUAUAUAACAUCUGCUUUUGAGUCAUUGAAAGCGCUAGGAGACCCUACUGAUGAACGGUACCACUAUCCAUGUGACCAGCGGCGAACCAAAAAGAUUACGGAGGCAAUGCAAAGUGCUGAGGGAAAGUUAGACUAUUUUUGGACUAAGUUGGAUUUCGAAUAUCGCCGACUCUCCCGCCGUGCUUUGAAUAAGAGUGUUGGCCAUAUAUUUACCAAUAUUCGGACUGUAGAGAGGACACCUGAUUGGAUUGCGCCAACCAGACCAGCAAGAGUCUUUCCUAAAAGCCUCCAAGCCUCUACCAUACCGCAGUUUUCUGUUAGUGACCCAAUAUCCAACUUUGUUGCUCCCCAAGAGAAAAUAAAGCCAAAAACCCGCGGACCACCUACCCCCUCUGUGAGUAUUGUUGAAGCUCCCUCAGAGGUACCACCAUCCAAGCCCAAAGAACGAAUCUACAAGCUCAAAGCGAGAGCUCUGAAAGUGUUCAAAGUUCUCUUUUUCCAACCGUCUGAGAGCAAUAUUCCAGGGGACCUCCCUUGGACCGAGUUCAAGUACGCUAUGGUAGCAAUGGGCUUUAGCGUACACAAACUUGAUGACUCGGUAUGUCAGUUCACUCCGCCUUCGACUGAUGAAUAUGAAGGGAAACAUGGCAUACAGUUCCAUGAACCGCAUUCUCCCGGUAGUACGGCCAAGAUCUUCUUCCAUGUAGCAAGAGGCAUCGGAAGGAGAUUGAAAAACACUUAUGGAUGGCAUGGUGGGAUGUUUGUGGGUGAAUAA